AUGCUAAAAAAAGAGCUACAGACACAAACUAUCAGAUCUAAGAUAAACUCUAAGUUGUUUAACUGGGAAUCUUUCUUUUGCAAUAUAUCUUCAUUUUAAAAUGAGUAAUCAUAAUCUAAAGACACUAACAGUGAUCCUAAUAAAAUUUAGCAAAAAAAUAUUUUAUUUAAAAAUAAACUAUUAAAUAAGCAAGAAUUUACCAAUUAUAAUUGUGAGAAAUACAUUUAAUGUAGAGAGAUGUAAAACGAAGGGAUUGCUAUCAAGAAUUAAUAGCUUUGA